AUGGAGAAUGUAAAAAAGAACUCUUUGACAACGAAGAAUCCUCGGAAAAAGGCCACUUUCUUUUUGACUUCGGACGAAAGAACAUUCACGGAACCUAGCAACGAACUGAAGGAAACCAGUGAACAAGAUAGAGCUAAGGGUAAAUUUGCUUCAGUAGCGCGCACUGUUUUACUGGCAAACCGAGCUUUCCCACAGACACGAAAACCUACUCGAGUCAAUUCUGUCUUGGUUCACAAUCAGUCAGAAACGCAAUCGGUAAAAUUUGCAACCACUGCUCCAGCUCCAGCUAAUUCUGUUGACGACACCAUGUCGGCCUUUUACGGAGAGAGAUUAUUGAGGGAAAACACAUACAAAAUGGAACCUGAUGACUUGUUCUUGAGUGGAAAGGCUCGUGUUAUCAUUCACAAUGUGUUGGAAGAACAUUUAAAAAGUAAGAUGUACACUGCUGAUGACAGCAAGAGAUGGUCAGUGGAGAUUAGCGAGGAAAUUAAAAGGAAGAUAAAAGCCGAGGAGCCUUUGGAGAGAUAUAAGUUUGUAUGUGUGGUAUGGAUUGGUCAGCAGUUAGGCCAAGGUAUUCAUAUCACCAGUAGAUGCUUGUGGAAUGCCCAUUUUGAUAACUUUGCCCGAGACACUUUUAGAAAUGAUCAUCUUUUCGCGGAAGCUUCAGUAUUCGCUGUUUUUGUGGAAUGA